AUGAGUACCGGCUGUUUCCCCGCGGUUCAGUGGAUUUCGUGCCACACCAUGAAUGCGGAUUUAUUUAAGGCUGCUCCGGAGCGUGGUGGACCCCAACAGUCUUCUGCCCCGGCGAAAAACAGCAGGAAUAAACACGACCAACCCAAACCGGAGCUGGCUCAGGUUGUGAUGGAUCCCAAGACGGGAAGAUCCUACAGUAAAGGGAAGCUGUUGGGGAAGGGCGGCUUUGCUCGAUGCUAUGAGAUGACAGACCUGUCCAGCAACAAAAUGUAUGCAGUCAAAGUGAUUCCACAGAGCAGGGUUUCCAAACCACACCAGAGGGACAAGAUCACGAAUGAGAUCGAGCUGCACCGAACGCUGUCACACAAGCAUGUGGUGAAAUUCUCUCAUUAUUUCGAAGACCAAGAGAACAUCUACAUAUUCCUCGAGCUGUGCAGUCGGAAGUCCCUGGCACACAUCUGGAAGGCGAGACACACACUCACAGAGCCUGAAGUGCGGUAUUACCUCAGACAGAUCAUAUCCGGCCUCAAGUACCUCCACAGCAGAGGAAUCCUGCACAGGGAUCUCAAACUAGGGAACUUCUUCAUCAAUGAGAACAUGGAGUUGCGGCUGGGAGACUUUGGUCUUGCUGCCAAGCUGGAGACAGUUGAACAAAGGAAAAAAACAAUCUGUGGGACUCCCAAUUACUUGGCUCCCGAGGUGCUCAACAGGCAGGGCCACGGCACAGAGUCUGAUGUGUGGUCGCUCGGAUGUGUAAUGUACACGCUAAUGUGUGGAAACCCUCCUUUUGAGACUCUUGACUUGAAAGAGACGUACAAGUGUAUUAAAGAAGUUCGCUACAACCUGCCCAACACGCUUUCCCCUGCUGCUCAGAAACUCAUCUCAGGCAUCCUACAGAAGGAUCCCAGUGACAGACUGACACUGGAUCAGAUCCUCAACCACGAAUUCUUCAAAGGUUUCACUCCUGACAAACUUCCCCCCAGCAGCUGUGUGAUGGUGCCAGAGCUCCACCCUCCCAGCCCUGCCAAGAAAUUCUUCGCUAAAAUGGCCAAGAGCCUCUUUGGCAAAAAGAAAGCAAAAGUGGAAAAGAUUCCAUGCGACGACAAAGAGGACAAGGAUAUUUCCAAGCUGGUGUCAGGCAUCGUUAAAUGUUCCAUCAACCGGCAGAUCAGCUACAAAACAGUGGAACCCAAUGAGGUGCCGUCUCCCACCGGUCAGCUGGUGAGUUCUGUGCCCCUGGAACAGACUCCCGCUGAGGAGGAAUCCAGGAAAUCCAUUUCCCGAUCCUUCAAGGGCACCAUGGCCAGCAGCACUGAACCAUGUGAGGAUGUCCUGACCCCUGCAGCUGUCUCUGAAUCUGCCCUGAAAGUUCUCAACAACUGCCUGGCCACCAUGCCUGCAGCAAAUAGGAAUCCACCCUGUUUGUCCAGGCCACAGUCCUUCCUGUGGGUGACUAAAUGGGUUGACUACUCCAAUAAAUAUGGCUUUGGCUACCAGCUCUCGAACCAAAACGUAGGUGUGCUCUUCAAUAAGGGGACACAUCUCAGUCUUUGUGACCAACGCCAGACAGUUCACUACUGCUUGACCAACAACAAACACUUCAGCUUCCCUGCAAACUCUCUACCUGAGCAGCUACGCAACCAGAAACAAAUCGUCGAGCUCAUGGCGAACUACAUGGAGCAGAACCUGAUGGAGGGUGGAGAUCUGCAUUGUGAGGAGCAUGAUUCAUGUCCUCCUCCUCUGCUCCUCCAGUGGGUGAAGACUGACCAUGCUCUCGUCAUGCUCUUCAACAAUGGCACUCUACAGGUUAACUUUUACAACGACCACACCAAAAUCAUCCUGUGCAAGUCUUCUGAUGGCGCCUACCUGCUCACCUAUAUCAGUCGGGAACGUGUCUCAUGCACUUACCUCCUCAGCAUGCUGAAUGAAAUGGGCUGCACAUCUGAGCUACGACACCGCCUUAGAUAUGUGGUCCAGCUUCUCCAGCACCACACUGAUGCCUGAGAGCACAGCUCAGUGCCUCCCAGGCUGCCCGAGUGACAGAUGCCUUAGAGGCAACCUGACUGAUUGAUACAGUUUCUCAAGGCACAGCCAAGCAGGGCUGAUGUGUGUUCACAUGUGUGACUUGAAAGGAUGCUCAACUUCUCUGAGCAAUAUUUUUGUCUGGCUUAGUGCCUAAGCAGCUGACUGGCAAACUUGACUGAUCUUGAUAAAUGUCAAGCAGUCAGGGAGUUGCCCAAAGCAGCAUCUGCCUCCAGGGUUGUGCCUAUCCAGCUUAAGCCUCAAAGGUAUCCACCUGGAAGGUAUUGAUACCUAAAAUAAAGAGACUCAUACUUGGCUUGAAAUGAUGGAUCCCUCACAGGCAGAUGCCUAUACAAAAAACAAAACACCACCCAAUUAUCUUCCCUCACUCAAAAGCACUGCUUUUUGGCUUGGCUCUUUCAAAUCCACCAACCCUGCAGCUUUCAGCCUCCACUGAUGGCCCACAACCCAGGCAUGGUUUUGUAAAGGUUUCUCAACACUAAAAUUGUCCCUAUUGCUUACAAUGGAAUGGAGAUAAUCUGGUAGCAGAAAUGCUUUUAGGCUCAGAUUUCCAAAAAUAUUUUAGCAGCAAGGUCUUUUACAUCAUUCACUUGCACUGUAACUGUGAUCUUUCAGCAGAGAGGCUUUGAAAGAGGUAUGGUUUGACUGGAGAGCGAACCCCCCCCUCACCCCUCAAUUGGUUCAUGGUCUUUUUAUGAUACCAUUGUACACACCUUUUUCUCCCCCCCCCCCCCCCCCCCUUUUUUUGGGUGGGGGGGGGGGGGAGCAGCCAGCUAUAGGAUCACACUACAGUCUUGGCCUCACAUGCACAAAUAUUCCUGGCCUUAUUUGAUGGUAAUGCUAAAGUUUGGGAGUCAUUGCUUCUUCUGCUCCAGUAUUUUUUUUUUUUUCCUUUUAAAUUGCAACCAGAUUUCACUGUUGUGGUGCAUAACAUACUACUGGGGCUACAGGAGCGAACACAGUUUUGCACUUUUUUUUUUUUUUUUGCUAAAUUCAUCAAGCAUACAAAGCCUUUUAUUGUCACUUGUUAUAUUUUUAUUUGUUUUUAACUAGAUACCAAAAAGCAUUUCAAAUUUUGUUUGUUUUUAAAAAGGAUUCAAUUUUUAAAUUCACGUACAGUAGGUGAAUGUGUGCUCCACGCGUGCUGAGAAGCUGAACUGUUGGUUGGAUAACGGGGUGGGGUGGGGGUAAAAGUGCCUUUCUGAGGGAUGCCUGUUUAGUGCAAUAACAGCCCUUUGUGAAUGUCAAGCUGGCUACAAACAAGAUGCGAGAUGGGUUUUAGAGGUGGGAUUUACUUUUGUACUUUACACAAGUUUAAAAGUAAGUCCAAUAGCACUACACACUCACUACCUGGUAUAAGCUUUUAGAACAGUUAGAAGUAUAUAUUCCAAUAAUAUAUACUAAGGAAAAAACAAAACAAAAACAUUGUACUCUGUUGUACUGUACUGUAAUCCUGAUCGGUUUACAUUGCUUUCUUGACCCAGAGUUGUAUCCUAAAAACUGUGACCUGGAAUGCAAGUAUUAUGUACAUGUGUUUUCAGAAAACUCAACAUUGUGAAAGCCAUCUGCCAAUUCAGAAGAGUCUUUAUUUUUUUGGCACAUAAUGUCGUGUUUAUUUAUUUUUUAUUUAUACAUAGUUUUUUAUUUAUUGUGCAAAUGUUCCGGUCUUGACACAGGUAAAUGUUCAAUUCCGAUCACUUCUUUUGUAAAUGUGUUUUGGGGGAAAAAUGGGACAAGAAUAAAGUUUAUUGAAAAUGA